CGUGACAUCUUUCCACUCUGCUCGUUGACAAGGCACCUUAAAAAGGUGUAUUCUUUUAAAAUCUUUCAUUGUUAGUCGCACCGUCGUACCUGUACGGGUGAGCCAUGUAUUGGAAGUUGACUUUGCUAAUUUUGGUCUCGGUAUUCCAGCUUGAUCAUGGACGAGCUCAGCAAGGAUGCUCCAACAUUCCUAACAGUCUUCGGUUCGACUGUUACCCGGAAGGCGACGCAAACGAACAAUCUUGUGUGAACCGUGGAUGUUGCUGGGCCAAACCAACCAUUGAGGAGGAGAACGUACACGUACCCCUCGAUAUACCAUAUUGUUUUUAUCCAAACGACUAUGGUUAUCAAGUUGUGAACAAGGAGAAGACUCAAACUGGAUAUCUGCUGAGUCUCACAAAGAAAGGUCAUCCGGGACCGUAUGGAAAUGAAAUCGAAAAUUUGGCGGUGGAUGUUCGCUUCGAGACCAAAGAUCGACUACAUUUCAAGGUGUAUGAUCCAAAUAACAACAGAUAUGAGGUUCCUAUUGUGACACCAAAAGUUGAAACAGAAGCAACCUCACUGGACUAUUCUGUUACUGUCACUAACUUUCCAUUUGGGAUUGCUGUUACAAGAAAAUCUUCAGGAACUGUUGUUUUUAACAGCUCAGUUGGAGGAAUGACAUUUGAGAAUCAGUUCCUUCAGAUGUCUUCUCUGUUGCCCUCUGAUGUUUUAUAUGGUUUGGGCGAACAUUCAGCUCCAUUGUUACUUGAUGUCAAGUGGCAAAGAGCAUCACUGUUUGCAAGGGAUGUGGCAACUCCUGAGGGAUUCAACUACAAUUUGUAUGGUGUUCAUCCAUUUUACGUUUCAUUGGAAAGAGAUGGAAAUGCUAAUGGAGUCUUUCUUUUGAACAGUAAUGCUAUGGACAUUGUUCUGCAGCCUACACCUGCCAUAACAUUCAGGACAAUUGGAGGAGUACUGGACUUUUAUGUUUUCCUUGGACCUACCCCAGAUCUAGUUGUCCAGCAGUACACAGAGGUUGUAGGGAGACCAACCAUGCCACCAUAUUGGGGUCUUGGAUUUCACCUGUGUCGCUGGGGAUAUGGGAGUUUAAAUGGAACAGAAACAGUAAAUGCAAACAUGAGGAGGUAUGGGAUUCCACAGGAUGUCCAAUGGAAUGAUAUUGAAUAUAUGGACAGACACUUGGAUUUCACUGUGGAUCAAAGCAAAUGGAGUGGGUUGGGUGAUUUUGUGAAGAAAUUACAUAACAACUAUCAUCAACACUACAUACCUAUUGUGGAUCCAGGUAUAAGUUCCGAACAACCCGCAGGCCAGUAUCGACCAUAUGACAUUGGCCGUAGCAUGGGCGUGUUUGUCAGUUCAUCCAGUGGUGAACCUAUUAUUGGCAAGGUAUGGCCAGGAGAGACUGUCUUUCCAGACUUCACUUACCCAGUGACGCAGUCGUACUGGGAUCAGAUGCUGACCGAGUUCAGGGAACUCGUCGAAUUUGACGGACUUUGGAUCGACAUGAAUGAACCAUCAAACUUUGUUGAUGGCUCAACUAAGGGAUGUCCAGAAACUUCCCUGGAUAAUCCACCUUAUGCGCCUCACGUGUUAGGAGGCACUCUCAAAGGCAAGACCUUAUGCAUGUCAGCCAGACAUCACAACUACUCUCAUUAUGAUGUCCACAGUUUGUAUGGACUCACAGAAGCGAAAAACACAAUGAGUGCGCUGGAGAAAAUCCGUGGGAAGCGGAGUGUUGUGAUUUCACGCUCAACAUUUCCCAGCGCUGGUCUUCAUGGAGGUCACUGGUUAGGCGACAACACUGCUUCGUUCAAUGAUUUAUAUCUCUCCAUACCAGGAAUAUUAAACUUUAAUUUGUUCGGCGUUCCCCUGGUCGGAGCAGAUAUUUGCGGGUUUAACGGAAACACCAACAAAGAACUGUGUGGAAGAUGGAUGCAACUUGGAGCUUUCUAUCCAUUCUCGAGAAACCACAACACCAUUAAGGCCAAUCCUCAGGACCCUGCUGCCUUUGGAGACGACUUUGCGCAUAUGGCACGUGACGUGUUACUAACCCGUUAUGCAUUGUUGCCGUAUUUGUACACGUUGUUUGCGCAUUCGCACAUGCGAGGAAGUGCCGUGGCUAGGCCUCUUUUUUACGAAUUUCCAAGUGACAGUCAGACAUAUGCUAUUGACAAGCAGUUCCUCCUUGGUCCAGCCUUGCUGAUAACACCCGUUUUAACACAGGGAUCUACAUCCGUCACUGGCUAUUUUCCAGAUGCCACCUGGUAUGAUGGAACAGAUGGUUCUAUUCUACAGACACAAGGGGGUAAGACUCACACGUUAUCCGCCCCCUGGGAUAAAAUCAAUUUUCACUUCAGAGGAGGAUACGUGAUACCAACGCAAAUGCCAAACAUCACCACAUAUUACAGCCGUCAGAAUCCAUUCCAAUUGACCGUCUGUUUGUCGUCGUCCGGGGAGGCCAUGGGAGACCUGUUUUAUGAUGAUGGAGAGUCUCUGGAUCCUAUUGUCAGUGCUCCAUAUUUAUACGUGAUAUAUGCAGUUUCCGAGGGGACGCUUAAGGCAACAGUGGACCCCAAGAGUUCGUACCAUCCCGAACCACUACUGAUGAACUUGGGAGUGUUUGGUGUCUCAUCAGCUCCCAAGUCCGUUACUGUGAAUGAUCAUCCGAUAGAGAGCUUCUCCUACAGCGCCUCAACUAAGGUGGUUAGAGUAACCGAUCUCAAGCUACCCAUGGACAAAGGCUUCACUAUCCAGUGGUCAUGAACAAAUGACGCGAUCCGGCAAGGCAGCCUCAAGAAGGGCGAAGAGUUAGAAUCCACUUGCGAAAUAACGAAUUGUAUUUUUCUACAAUUGAAGGAAAUGAUCCUGUUUUCUUGUCAUGGCAGUUUUCCUGAGUCGUUCUUAUUUUGGGAGAGAUUUUAAUCUAGCGGUCGUUCAGCAAAGGAUAACUUUUCAAGUUGAAGCCCAAAUCCCGAAGUUAUCCAGUUUAAAUGAUAUUAUAAAAUUAAAAGUUUAUUAGUUGAAUUCACAAUUUUGGAAUUUCGUUAAUGAGGCAUUAGAUGCCAUUCUUAGGGAUGAGAUCUUGGUUCAUUUUUUAUCGAUAUGAAUUAAUAUUAAAACCAUUUUUUUAACAAAAAAGGGUUUUUUAAGAAUUGUGACUGAAAUUUAGUUUUCAAUAAGGCAAUUAUGGCGUAGAGUUUAAAAGAAUGUUCAGUUACAAUGAUCAAAUAAAAAAUUGUUUUAGUGCUUUUAGAA